AAACCAGACAUCGCAUAAACAUAUUCAGUGACUGCGACCAGUGACUGCCAGCUGUGACUUAACGCCCAUCUCUAAUAGCCCGCUGAUGUCAACAAAUUUUCUUGUUGCUUUGAUCUGGUUUGUUUCAUGAUGCGAAACCAUGGACUCAGCCGAGAUUCACAUAAAUAUAAACUCGCAAACGUGUCGCGUGUGCUUGGAGACCCACGAGACCAAUUUGUGCCUCCACGAUGAGAUCGAGUACAACAACCUGAACUUGGAGCUCUGGCAGCUGCUGGAAUCCGUUUCUAAAGUAAAGUACUCUUGGACAGAUCCGAAACUGCCGAUGCAGCUGUGCCAGAACUGCACCCGGCGGCUGAUCAGUGCUUACGAGUUCAUCCUGGAGGUGGAGAACGCUCAGCAGACAUUGCAGAAUCUAUACCAACAAGCGGAUGCAGUUAAGCCGGAGGAGAGCCAUGUGGAAGUGGUGGACCUUAUUGGCCAGGAGGGUGUAAUUGGUAUGAACGACUUCCUGCCCGUCUCAUACGAGGAGCAGCAGCUGGAAGUGGAGGAGGUAUUGGGGGACCAGGCCACUCCUGCUGAUUUGGAGUCUGAGGUGGGAGAAGAGCCGCUGUAUGCCGACGAGGAUCAGCAGAAGGAGCUACAUCUGCUGCCAGAGGAACCCGGAAAUCUGAAAAUAACACAUGCGCGGCCUUCCCAGCUGGGCAGCCGUCUGACACACUCCGAGAACUUCAUCUACAAGUGCGCUGUCUGUCCGCGAGUCUUUGCCAAAAACGAAUCCCUGUCCCGACACUUUUCGCUGGCCCACGGGCUGGCGGCGGGAGUGGCCGCUCUGCAGCUGGCCAACGAGAGCAGCGGCACUGGUCUGCUGACCUGUGCGCACUGUCCGCGGACAUUCAAGCGCCAGGACACCCUCCGGCGUCAUAUGCAAGCAUUUCAUCCCGACGCAGCGGCCCUAGAACCGGAAGAAACGCCACAAAAUUCCGCUCGGAAACGCAAUGUCAAGCGGCAGGACUGUCCCUACUGUGGCCUCAGCUUCCCCAUGUCCAGCCUCACCAUUCACAUUCGACGGCACACCGGCGAAAAUCCCUACAAGUGCGACCAGUGCGAGAAGGCCUUCCCCCGCAGUCAAGAUCUUAGCCUGCACUUGCGCCAGCACACCGGCGAGCGUCCCAGUGAGUGCAAGAUCUGCUCCAAAAAGUUUAUUUCACAGAACAAACUGGCGCGACACAUGCGCCUGCACACGGGGCAAAGGCCGUACUCUUGUAACAAGUGCAGCAAGAGCUUUGUGCAAUCCAACGACCUGAAGAUUCAUAUGCGCCGGCACACUGGCGAGCGACCGUACCAGUGCGGCGUGUGCGGGGACAGCUUCGUCUGCGGUUCGCUCCUCAAUAUCCACCGUAACCAAAAGGGUCAUCAGAAGGCCGUAAACCCGGGCAACGCCGACGAGGAAGCCCUCCCAGUGGAUCCCUAUGUAAACGCCAGGGUCAACCAGCGACGGGCGGAGGAUAUCGAGCGCAUGCGCUUAAAACGAGAUCCUGCGGAUCGACUGCAACAGCCAAACGAGGGGCUGCCCAGCAAGGAGCAACCUGCCACGGCCUACAGGUGCGGUGUCUGUGAGCAGAACUUCAAGAGCGGUGCCCUUCUGACCAUCCAUCGCAACAAGAUGAGCCAUUAUGAGACCGGAAGGGACUACGGAGAUCCAUUUGGAGAAAAGCAAAAACAUGUAGUAGUACAAUAAUUAAAGGCACAAACGUAGAUGUAACCGGGAACUUGCUUUAAGGUUUAAUAGUGUACUGAAGAUUUCAGUUUUAACUAAGACUUAUUUAUUAAAAUAUUAAGAACAUGCUUUCUAAAAUAUAAAAAUGGAGAAGCGAAAUGAAAACCAAACAUUUUUCGAAUAUGUAAAUACUAGUUACCCAUCUUAAAGUAUCCAGUUCAAAAGAAUUCUGACUUUAUUAUUUAAUCUUUUAUACUAAAAACCAUAUACAUAAGACAAAAAAUUACAUAUCAAUAUUAUUGGUUAGUUUUUGAA